UCCCACAUUUCACACACUCACAAACCAAGGAAAGUGAGAUCAAAAUCACCCAAACAUGGUCUCUGAGAGAAACUCUUCGGUGUCGUCCAAGAAAGUCUGCGUGAUAGGGGCGGGGCCGGCCGGCCUCGUGGCCGCCCGCGAGCUAAGGAAAGAAGGCCACAGCACUGUGGUUCUUGAACAAAGCCAUGACGUUGGAGGGCAAUGGCUAUAUGACCCUAAGGUUGAGGAAGAAAACCCUUUGGGGAAAGAUAGGUUUUUGAAGGUGCAUAGCAGCAUUUAUGCCUCGUUGAGGCUAACAUCGCCGAGGGAGAUCAUGGGCUUCACUGACUUCCCAUUCGUAGCCAGGAAAGGUAGGGAUAUGAGGAGGUUUCCCGGUCAUGAGGAGCUCUUUCUCUACCUACAAGACUUCUGUGAGAGGUUUGGAUUGAGAGAGAUGAUAAGGUUCAAUACCAGGGUUGAGCAUGUGGAGAUGUUGGAUUACCCUGUUCUCGACGACGACUUGAAGUGGGUCGUGAGGAGCAAGGCGGCGGAGAAGGCCGUGGAGGAGGUUUACGACGCGGUGGUUGUCGCCACCGGCCACUAUUCUCAGCCUAGGUUGCCUAGAAUAAAAGGAAUGGACACAUGGAAGAGAAGGCAGAUGCACAGUCACAUUUACAGGGUUCCAGACCCCUUCAAGAAUGAGGUAGUUGUGGUUGUCGGGAACUCAUUAAGCGGACAGGACAUAUCAAUUGAGCUUGUAAAUGUGGCAAAGGAGAUUCACCUAAGUGCCAAGUCCCUUACUAUUUCUGAAGGCUUAUCAAAAGUCAUCUCCAAAUACCACAAUCUACACCUCCAUCCACAGAUAGAGUCGCUGCAUGAAGACGGGAGGGUUUUGUUCGUCGAUGGUUCUUGGUUCGUUGCAGACACCAUCAUAUACUGCACAGGGUACUCUUAUUCAUUUCCAUUUCUUGACACCAAAGGAAUAGUAGUGGUGGAUGAUGACAGAGUGGGACCCCUCUAUGAGCACACAUUUCCUCCUUCACUGGCUCCCUCUCUAUCCUUUAUUGGCAUUCCUCGAAAGAUUAUAGGGUUUCCUUUCUUUGAAUCCCAAGCAAAAUGGAUUGCUCAAUUGCUGUCUGGGAAAAGAAGGUUGCCAUCAUGGGAAGAUAUGAUGCAAUCGAUUAAGGAGUUUUAUCACUCAAGGGAUGUUGCUGCCAUCCCAAAGCACAAUACACAUGAUGUUGCAAAUUUUGAGUACUGUGAUAAGUAUGCAGACUACAUCGAUUUCCCACAUUUAGAGGAGUGGAGAAAAGAGCUGUGCCUUUCAGCUUUGAGAAACUCUGAAAUCAACUUGGAGACGUAUCGAGAUUCCUAUGAAGAAGAUGAAGAAAUGCUCCGUGUUGCUCAUAAUAGCCCUCACUUCACUCAGCUCGAUCGGCCAUGAACACUUUAUAACCUUAAUUAUAUGAAUUUACAUACACAUAGCUUCCGUUUUGAUCAUAUUAAUUUUUCACAGUUGGUAAACAUACUAGAAAACGAAACGAUUUUUGUUGUUCAUUUUGAUGCUGUAUGAGGAAAAGAAAUGCUUUCGUUUUGAACGUAAAAUUAUGAUGAAGUAUGAAUGAAUAUUAGGAGUGUAUUUAUGAACAUGAUCACCGUUUUCGUUAUGUUAAAAUUGUAUCAAAUAGAUGUGAUCUUUGGAUAGCGAUAAUUA